UCACUUUGGGGAGAUUUUACAUUUUUAUCUCAUUGAUCUUGAAUAAGACAUUAAGCUUUCUUAUUAAAAAUAGUAAUAUCAUUCAAAUCUAAUAGGCCUGAGUCCCUAACUUGACCGUUCCUUGGACCCUGUAUGUUCUUGGCACUAAUAUCAGGAACUCGCCACUCCUGGAAUUGUUUAUGCUCAAAGGCAGGUGACUCCUCCCUUGAACAUAGACAUUUAAUAAAUGACAUGUCAAGCCCAGGGUCUGGAAUAUGUCAACCGAGAUGUGGUUAGGGAUAAAAUAUUAACUUUAGUUACACUAGCUGCAUAUGUUGUAGAUACAUGCUAAAACCCCUUAGGUAACUAAUUUUGGCUAAGGGCCUUCUUUGUCUAAAAAAAAAAAAAAAAAAACAUAUAAAGAGCUUGUGCUCCAAGCCACAGCCGAGCUUCACCCAUGGAAGGACGCUUCGCGUGGGAAUCUUGUCCCAAUUCAAGUUGAUCAGGCUGAAACGGAGCUCCCAGUCAUCUGAGAUUAAAAGGUUCCUUUGAAUUGGUGAAAAAUGAAUACGAUGACAUCAUCAAACCCUAACCGGAACACGGUGUUUGUGGUGCCUCCUCCCAGAACUGUCUCUUCUGUGCCACUUCCUGCGCCUCCAUACUCUAAUAAUCAACCUCCAGCUCAUCUAUUCAAUGGGUACCAAAUCCAAAUGAUCUCACCAUAUAGUGAGGGGGAUACAAUACAGAAAAUCUGGAAAGAAAGCAAAGUAUUAGGGGCCAUCCAGAUCAUAAUUGGACUGCUGCACAUCGGCUUUGGAACUGUUCUAGUGACUACAAUAUUCAGGGGAUACGAAGCAAUCUCUUUUUACGGAGGGUAUCCCUAUUGGGGAGGAAUUUCAUUUAUCAUUUCCGGAACCCUCUCUGUGCUAUCCCAGAAGGAAUCUGCCACACACUGCAUAAUGAGCGGGAGUGUGGGAAUGAACAUCGUCAGUGCCAUCUUCUCAAUCAUAGGUAUCAUCGUCCUCAUCACGGAGCUGAGUCUCUACGUUAAUUACUAUCCCAUCUACCACCCCCCCUACUACUACGGUGUAGUGUCCUCAGGAAAGGGGAUCUCCUCCACGUUGCUUCUCUUUUCGAUCCUGGAGUUUGUCAUCACCUGCGUUUCCUCUCAUUCUGGAUGCCUCAUAGUCUGCUCCCAGUCCACCCGGGUGGUUGGAGCUGCAACUGUUCCCCCAGGUCCCAUAGUAAAUCCAGCGAUCAUCCCUCAAUUUGCAUCUGAGUCCCCCUUGACUGUCGCCAGUGGUCAACCAUAAUCCAGCCCAAAGAGGAGCUUUUCCAAGGGGAAAAAUGAUACCUUCCCAGGUCUUCUGAAUUUUCUUAAUCAAUUUCCAUCCAUCUUGGUGAUGGAUGAAAGCUGCCCACACCCACAAGUGUCCUGGUUGUGGUACCUCAGUUUGACCCUCAGACCAAGAGUCAAAGAUGAUUGAAGAUUGAAUAGAUCCAUGGGCAGCCCUCACUCACUCUCCUUUUCCAUUAAAUCCUUGUGCAAAUCCUCCACCUCUUCAAAUGAGAAAAUGACUCAAAGUCUCCUUGAGGGCAGGCCUUUCCAGGUCGGGACAAUUUGCAUGUGCAAAAUGCUGAUUUGAGACAUGAUCUCUGGGAAAUUUUUUCUUCUUUUGUUCCCUUUUGUUUUUAGCUCAAAAAUGAUUUAUUUAUUAUAUACCUUCUGGUUUAAAAGAUGUUAUUAAUAUCCUUUUACAUUAUAUAACUUCCCAAUGUAUUCCUCCCUUUCCUUCACUUCCUCUGUCUCCCAGAAAACAAUCCCUUAUAAUAAAGAAUUUUAAAAGAAAGAGAAAACUAUUUUCCCUUUGUAAAUAUGGAGGAAGGGGUAGAUCAUCACUAUGUAACAGCAUAGCAGAUUUUUUUCAGUGAAUUGAUCAUUUUUUCUUGGUUUUUCCCUUUCCUUCCACUUAAUACUUUUUUCUUUUAAAAAAAACUCUUGGUUAAUGGAAUGACACUAAAGUAAGGGAUCCUGGGAAAAGUUAUGGCAUUAACCCUAACUCUUUUUUUUUUCAUUAACCCUAACUCUAAACAAAAUGUAGCAAUAGUAGUUUUUAAAUAGUUUGACAAAACUAAUGUAUCCCAAAAAAAGUCUGUCAUGAUACAUAGUGUUCUAUAUCAGUAGGCUCCACCUCUACCAAGAAGGGAAGAGGAAAGAUGUCUCUUCUUCUGUCUCUUCUUCAGCCAUUAUAAUUCUGUGCCAUUCAAUUUCACUCUCCCUGUCAUUGGUUUUCCAGCCACUCACACUGUAGAAGUCAUUGUGUGCACUGUUUUUCUGGGCUUCCUUUAUUUUAUUCCAUGGCAGUCCUUAUGUCUUCUCAGGCUUCUCUGUACUUAGCAUAUCCAUAAUUUCUUUUAGCACAUGACACUCAAGUACCACAGUAUGUUUAGAAAUUCCCUAGUUGAUGGGUAUCUAGUCUCUUUCCCAGAAAACACCAGAUUAGCCACCUCUCAUCAAAGGGCAGCAGAGAUUUUUACACUCUAAGACUUGUUGUCUUGAAUUUUCAGCCAGAAAAACUGAGGAUGAGGAAAGAUAAGUAGCUUUCUUGGAGUGAAAAAAGUAUGGGGCUCUGCCUAUGUAAAAUGGCAGAAUUUUGAAUGCCCUUUUCUAGAGGCGUCCUAUACACUGAAUCCCUUCAUGGAGAAAAAAAUAAUGUCAAUCUAUUUUUUAUUAAAGUUUUUUAUUUACAAAGCA